GUUAGUGAAAAAAACUUGAUUUGAAAAAAAGUGAUUCUCCAUAAUUUUUCACACAAUUUCUAUAAAAUUUAUUUAUUUAUUUAAAAACAUAAAAGAAAAACAAUUAAAACACCAAGUUGUAUGUUAAUCUAGAAGAAAACCAUACAAAAUGCAAAUAAUCGAAGUGAAUGAUCGUGAGAAAUUAUCCACAUUAGUGAUACAAGAAUUAAAAGAAAUCGGAGUCAAAUAUCGCAAGGAUAAGAAAAUUAAACCCUCUCAGGAAAAAACCUGUCGCAAACGAAUCUUUCGCACGCAUCUGCAUCUCCUCGAACUUACAGAUGUGAUUCUGGCCAGCGGCAGCGUUGUCCAGAUACCACGUUUCGUCGCAGACGCCUGCAAUCGUAUACUCGAGCAUGUCGAGACCGAAGGUCUCUUUCGCAAAGCGGGCUCGUCCCUAAGACAAAAAGAAAUCCGAAUAAGCCUUGAAGCGGGCUUACCUCUGGGAAAGACCCAUCACGUCAUAGACGUGGCAAAUGUCGUCAAGUCCUUCUUCCGGGAACUCCCCGAACCCCUACUCCCAUCCUACAUACAAGAGACCCUCUUGCGCAGCCUCCUAAUCGGCGACAAUCGCAUCAAAGCGAUUCUCCUCGCCAUCCUCCUGCUUCCACCGCUCACUAUCAACACCUUAUCCUUCUUCCUCCAAUUCCUCAAUACAGUGUCCCUGUAUUCCCACAUGAACAAGAUGCCAGUCGAGAAUUUGGCCAUCAUUUUCACUCCCGGCCUGAUGCCCUUUCCCGACAUCGCCAGUCUGCGUUUCAAUAAUCACGUCAAAAUGGUUCAACUUCUCAUCGAGAAUGCCCAUGCCAUAGGAACUGUCCCCGAAUGCAUUGUAGACAAGCUCCAUAUCCACGAAAUCUUCUCGAAAACCUCGGGAAAAUCGAAGUCCGUGGAAGCUCUGGACGUGAAGAAGAAAAAGAAAAGACGCAGCGGUUCGCUUACUCAAAUGUUCAAUGGAUUGAGGAAGAUGGUUGGAGGAGCCAUCGGCAGCGCUGAGAACCUCGGUCACACUCCGGAAGCCACAAAAACUCCCCCAAUGGUCAAGAAUCCAGUUGCCGCAACUCCUUGUCUUUCAAAGUCGUCCAAGAAGAGGAAAUUUGCAGAUCCUGUUUGUGCCUUCAGUGCCAAGAAGAAGAAAGAUCUACUCGCAUUGCUGCCCAGCAACAGUGGUGGAUUCUUGCCCAAUACUCCACUCAUAAAGGAGUCCAAGAAGACCCGUCUCAGUCUGGGUGGACGUCGCCAAACAAAGAAAACAUCUCCCGCAGCUCCGGCUCUGCCCUCAAUGGAACGACGUUGGAGCAUCGUCGGAUCGGGUUGGCCUCGCAACAAGAAGACCGACAAAAAGGAACCCACCUCAACCAUAACGAAGCCUCUAUCGCCAGUUGCCUCGAUGCCAUGCAUUUCAAAGCUGGAUUUCCCACGCGUCGAGUUCCCAGUCAUUGAGCAGACGAGCUUCGUGGACAGCUCUGUGCCAGACUCAACAACCGCUGAUGUGGAGAAGAACACAAGCGAGACAUCAGACGGAGAAUUUGUGCGGGUUCCCAAGAACUACUACGAAUCCAUCAUCGAACGAGUGUCUGCAAUUGAGACCCGAAUGUCCCAAGAAUUUGGGAAAAUCCAGAGCUCCCUGUCGAGUGGUGAUGAUUUGGAUCUAAGCAUGAAGCAGGCUCAUCUGUCCAACGACGAUCGAUUGAACUGCAGCAUGAGUGGUCUGGAGAGAGUCCUGAAUGAAUACGAACAGACCAAGGAGGAGACUGAGCGACUCACAUCGCCGUACACAGAAAAUCUAGCUAAGCGCCUGAGUCGCGAGUUGAAAAUCCGACGAAGCUCGGAGCAUCGUGUCAUUCGUUCACCGAGUGCCAGAAAGAUAGGAACAAUGAGGAGACGAUCCAGGGAGGCGGCCAGGCUAACUCGCAACAAGACCUGGCACGACAGUUCCACGUCGGAGAAGCCAACUGCCGCAAAGCAAGUCAUCCUCUACCCACCCAAAGCGACACAAGACUUCUGCUCCAAGUGUAAUCUUAAGCGAGGGCGUCCCAAUACACUGCACACUGGUCUACCCCAACAAUGCACUCCCACUCUCACUCCCGUUGAUGAUAAGAAGAUGAUUUGUCCAAGCCCAAGGAAUCCACCACACACCGAUGAGAAAUGGACAGCUGGAGAGGUUUUCUUCGAUUCCAAGAAACCCCUCAACUUUGACAUGGAACACAAGUCCCUAGAGGAGUGUAUUCCUUCGACCCCGGUUACAGCAGCCAAGCCCGAGCCAUUUGCUGAGAUGAAGACACCAAUGUUGCCCCCGAGAUCGAUUCGCAGAAAGGCAAUGGGAAACAAUCGUACCCCGGCCUCGGCAAUGAGGUUGGUUUCCACAAGAAUUCUGGCCACCCCAGGAGAAGAUGAGAUCAAUGGAAGAGCAUCGAUUGCCAGAUUGAGAACUCAGAACGCCGGAAUGGUUAUGGCCAAAGCAAAGCUUUUCGAUGGUUUAGGUGGCAAUGAAAAUGAGAACAUUCCACCGGCGACUCCAACGACACACACCACAAACAACCGCCGCAGGAGCAUAAGACUCCCCGCAGCGCCAUUGAACUUGAAAAACAAGAUCGACGAUGUCAAAUUACCCCCAACAGACGAAUCACCAUCGGUGCGCAAAAAGAACAACACCGCCAAGAGCCCGGGCUAUAUUCAGAAGCGUCAGCGAUUGUGUUUGGCUGCCAAGGUGCCCAGUAAGCAGUUCUUGGACUCGAUGGUGAACGAGGAGAAUCUACUGUCGAAGAUGUCGCCAUUGAACGUUUCCUUCAAGAACAUUUCGAACCAAAACCGAGGUUCCAAUAACAGUCCACGAACUCCAAAGAAGCGAACUAAUCAUUUUGGUGGAGUGAAUUCUCCGAGACGUGGUCGCAACCCAAACUCGGCUGGAGGAGGAUCGAGGCGAAGGACUCCCCACAAACAAUCCAACACACCUGGAGCUGGAACAAGGAAAUCUCCGCGCUAUGUUAAGGCAACUGGAAGAACUUGAAUUUGUUAUAUUCUUGAAUUUUUGAAUUCUCGAUGCCAUCGUUUUAUUAUUAUUAUUAAUUUCUUAUAUUUCAUACAAAACAUACAUUUAUAUAUUUACUCGACUUACAUUAUAAUCUAUAUACUUAAAAUUUAAACAAUUAAAAAUACACUGUCUUUUGUGUAUUCUAACUUAUUUUUGGACCAAAAACGAUCAAACUAAUAAAGAUUUAUAAUUAAUCUUAAAGCAA